AGAGGAAUUCCAAAAGCCAGAGAGAACCCUUUCAACUAAAAUUAUAAUAAAAUUCAACUUCUUAUCUCUUUCUCUCUCUAAAAUCCUUCAUAUUGCUUCACUCUUUUCCCUCUCUUUCUUCCGAUUGUUUCCCAAGUUCCGAUCCAAAAACCCUAAAAUCUACUCCCUUUUAAUCUCAAUCCCUUUUUAUUUUAAUUUCCCAAUUUUAUUCCUUCAAAAUUUCAUUUACUUCCCGAACCUCAAAAAAUUGUUUCUUUAUUUUCUGAGUAAUAUUUUUGAUUUUUCGUUUAAUUCCAAUUAAGAGCUUUGAGAAAAGUUUAGUUUACUAUUUUUAAUAAUAAAAUAAAAUUUUCUGUUUGGAUUGGAAGUGUGUUUCUUUCUAGUUUUCCUAUAUUAUUAUUUUUUGUGAAAAAUAUUUUCUAUGUUUUAUUUCCAAUUGAGACACUUGUAACCCGAAAAUUUCUUCAAUUAAGAGGUUGUUUCUUUCUGGGUUUUCAUCAAUUCCUCUUAAUUUCUCCCUUUGAAAAGAAAAAUCCCAGCUAUUGGUUUAAUUUUUUUAAGGAACAACCUUUAGUGUUAUGUUAAAAGGAGAAAUUGGGGGAAUUAUCGGAGAUAAAUUUGAAUUUACUGGAUUGUUUCAAUUUUGGGUUUCUUAAUCGGGUGUUUGGGAUUAUGAGGAACAGUGGAGAUGGACAAGGGCAAUCUAAAACGCAAGGUGGUGGUGUCGUUUCCAAGUCAGCUCGGAGUUCAUUACGUGCAAUUUCCAGUUACUUCAGGAUUGUUUCUUCCGGGGCUUCCACUGUGGCACGGUCGGCGGUUUCCGUAGCAUCAUCGAUUGUGGACAGGGAAGACGAUUCUGGGUAUGAUCAGGUUAAUUGGGCUGGCUUUGACAAGUUAGAAGAUGAGAAAGGUGUCAUUCGACAAGUUCUCCUGCUUGGUUAUCGGUCUGGUUUUCAGGUUUGGGAUGUUGAAGAUGCUGAUAAUGUCUGUGACUUGGUUUCAAGACGUGAUGGCCCUGUUUCAUUUAUGCAAAUGCUACCAAAACCAGUAGCAGCAAAGAGAUCAGGAGACAAGUUUGCAAACAGCCGUCCCCUUUUGGUGGUCUGUUCUGAUGGGUCCCUCUCCGUGGGUGCUCGUAUUCAGGAUCAUUCUUGCAAUGGAAGCAUACCACGCAACAAUUAUUCGGGGAAUGGUAGCAUUGUUUCUGCCAUUGUCCAGUUUUAUUCCUUGAGAUCUCAAUCUUAUAUACACAAGCUAAACUUUAGGUCAGUUGUUUAUUCCGUAAGGUGCAGUUCUCGAAUUGUUGCUAUAGCACUAGCAACUCAGAUACAUUGUUUUGAUGCCACCACAUUAGAAAGGGAAUAUACUAUUCUUACGAAUCCUAUAAUUACAGCCUCCCCUGGUUCUGGAGGUGUAGGUUAUGGACCCUUGGCAGUUGGUCCUAGAUGGCUGGCUUACAGUGGUAGUCCAGUUGUAGGUUCUAAUUGUGGACGUGUCAGUCCACAGCAUCUUAUGCCUUCUGCAAGUUUCCCUGGUUUUACUUCAAAUGGGAGCCUGGUAGCACACUAUGCAAAAGAAUCAAGCAAGCAACUUGCUUCUGGGAUUGUGACCCUAGGAGACAUUGGAUAUAAGAAACUGUCAAGAUACUUGCCGGACUCAUAUAACUCUGUGCAAUCAGGAAGUCCUGGCUGGAAAGGAAAUGGAAAUGCUAAUGGUCAUUUUCUCGAUACUGAUAACAUUGGAAUGGUUAUUGUCAGAGAUAUUGUCAGUAAGGUUGUUAUUGCUCAGUUUAGGGCACACAAGAGCCCUAUUUCAGCAUUAUGCUUUGAUCCCAGCGGCACACUUCUUGUGACAGCUUCAGUUCAGGGUCAUAAUAUCAACGUGUUCAAGAUUUUGCCUGGACUUCAAGGAAGCACUUCUGCUUGUGAUGUACCAGCAUCACAUUCACAUCUCUACCGACUGCAGCGUGGUUUUACAAAUGCUGUAAUACAGGAUAUUAGUUUCAGUGAUGAUAGCAACUGGAUUAUGAUUAGUUCUUCAAGAGGGACAAGCCAUCUAUUUGCUAUCAAUUCAAUGGGUGGAUCUGUAAGUUUUCAGUCUGCUGAUGCUGGUUUUGCUCCUAGAAGUAGCAGUUUGGGUGUUAUGACUAAGCCACAAGUUCAUUGGCCACCUAAUAUAGGAGCGCAAACACCUACUCAAACAAGCUUUUGUGUUUCUGGCCCUCCGGUGACACUAUCUGUUGUUAGCAGAAUAAGGAAUGGAAAUAAUGGUUGGAGAGGCACUGUAAGUGGUGCUGCAGCGGCUGCAACAGGCAGGAUGGGUUCUCUUUCAGGGGCCAUUGCUUCUUCUUUCCAUAACUGCAAAGGCAAUAAUCUUUUGUUUACCGAGAGCAACUAUUUGAAGACAAAAUAUCACCUUCUGGUUUUCUCUCCUUCUGGAUGUAUGAUACAGUAUGCUUUGCGACUGUCCCCUGACCAUGAUCUGACACCAGUUGUUUCUGGAUUAAAAGCAGCAUAUGAAUCAACUACAGAAUCUGAUGGAAGGUUAAUAGUCGAGGCAAUGCAGAAGUGGAAUAUUUGUCAGAAACAAACCCGAAGAGAGAGAGAAGAUAAUGCAGACAUAUAUGGCGAGAAUGGAACAUCUGACACUGGUAAAGUAUAUCCUGAAGAAAUCAAAGAGGGAACUACAUCCACUGAUCCAUCCACUGUUGACAAAUCAAAUACCAACCCUCAGGAAAAACAUAAUUUGUAUAUUUCGGAAGCUGAACUGCAGAUGCAUCAAGCUCAGACACCAUUGUGGGCAAAACCAGAGAUAUACUUUCAAUCAAUGUUGAUGGAUGACAUCAACAUGGCUGAUGAAAAUGCUUUUGUUGGGGAAAUAGAAAUUGAAAUGUUGCUAACUCGCAUGACCGGAACACGGAAAAAAAGCUUAGUUCCAGUUUUUGAUUACCUUCAAAGCUUUAAAUUCCAGCAAGCAAGGGUUUCAACUGUAGAUAACAAUAACAAUGGAUGCCUGAUGCAUCAGAGGUCAGGUCUGUCUGAAAAUGGCCGGCUUUCAUGUAGAAGUAUUUCUGGCUCUCUUAAUUGCAUGACCAAAAAUGGUGAUGCAGUUGAUGAACUUCAAAAUGGCAUAGAAGAAACUAGAUUGAAUGGUCAUCAGAUGCCUUUAGGAACUAAGGGCUUUGUAAAUAGAAGUGACAGCCCUAAAACCAACACUCGGCUUGAGAUUGUAAAUAAUAGUGAGAACUCAAGAAUGGAAGCUCAACUCAAGUUUGUAAAUAAUAACAGUGAAGACCUCAAUAUGGGGAAUCUUUUUGGAGAUGAAGGUGAUGAGUAUGAUUAGAGGUGUGGAAUUUUAUUCUUUUGAUUCUCCAGAGAGUCUGAUUAACAGUGUUUAAUACUUAUGGGGGUGGCAAUGUAAACAAGAGACAGAAUGGAUGCUUCGACUGUGAAGUGAAUUGUUUAGUACUGUGUUGUUGGGUUUUUCAUAUGUUAACUUUGUAAAUUAUAGACAAUGAAUUUCCCAAUAUUUAGUUGUGAUAUGUAAAUAAUAGAAUUACCUUAUUAACUCCAACUCUUCUAUUCUAUUAAUUUAAAAAGUUUAUUUGUUACCA